AUGGAUGAAGACUCUGCUGCUGCAGCAGAACAGCAGCACGAUAUCUUCUCUGCUGCUGCUGAGCAUCAGCCUCCACCCCUAGAAGCCCAUCAUGGGGGCCCCCCCGGGGGGCCCCCUGAUGCUGAGGGGGCCCCCCAGGGGGCCCCGGGGGCCCCGGGGGCCCUGGGGGCCCCGGGGGCCCUGGGGGCCCCGGGGGCCCUGGGGGCCCCGGGGGCCCUGGGGGCCCCUGGGGGCCCCCAUGGUCUUGGGCACCCAGCUGCGGUUUGCAUGCGGUUGGAUGCAGCAGGGGUAGAGAUGCAGCAGCAGCAGCCGUUGCCGUUUAUAUCUUCUGGUGGUUUUGCUGCUGCAGUGAAUUCGGGUGUAUCGACGCAGCAGCAGGUUGGGGUGUAUAGGCAGCAGCAGACGGGUCUUGCUGCUGAGGAUCCAUGCUUUAAGCUGCAUAUGAUGGGAGCUGCAGCAGCAACGGGGGGGACGUGGAGCAGCAGCGAUGACUCGAGGGCCUUUCAUACUAUCAACGAAGAUGUGCGGAGCCCAUCAGCAAUCUCUUCUCUAUCAGAAGAUACUGCUGCUGCAUGCAGCAGCAGCAGCAGCAGCAGCAGCAGCAGCACAGAGUCAGCAGCUGCUGCUGCAGCACGAGCAGCAGCUGUAGCAGCAACAGCAGCAGCAGAAGCGCUCGAACAGCCAGCAGCAGCAGGGUUGUUUGCUGCAGGCGGAGGAGCUGCUGUUGCUGCUGCUGAGACAGAGGGAGACCGCUUCUCGCUGCAGCAGCAGCAGCAACAGCAGCAGCAGCAGCUUGCAGCAGCAGCCGGCGCUACAGCAGCAGCAGAGAGGUUUCCGUGGAUGCAGGGGGGGCCCCCAGCAGCAGCAGAACAGCGGGGGCCCCCAGAGGGCCCCUGCAGCAAAGCGGAGAGGCUGCAGUAUUUGUGUAGCUUCUAG